AUGUUUGACGCUCACGAAGAGAAUGAAAUCUUGCAUUCAGAAAGUACGAAUAAUAUCGAUAAACUUAUUAACGAAAAGAUACAUUAUAUAGCUCAAAACGCGGGCGUUAAAAAUAUCAAAAAACUUGUGAAAAAUCAAAUUCUUGAAUUAGAUAAACUGGUUUUAUACAGCGGUCUUGAAGUGGCGCAAAUAGCUGAAGUUUUAAAUGUUAUACUUACUGGAAAAUUAGACGAUAUCGACACCAAAAGUUUGAUAAAAGUUCUUUUGCCACGUAAAUCAAUAUCUAAUUUCCUAGUAAUCAAGGUUUUGGGAAGUCUUGGAAAUAAAAUUUUAAAAUACAAUAUCCAGGCUCUUUUACUUCGUUGGAUCAUUAUUGUAUAUAAUGUAAUUGAGGAUCAUUCGGAAUUGCUAAAGUUUUAUGGUGUAAUUAUUCAUUAUAUUGAAUAUGACACCCUAAGAGUAGAUCUUCAAAACAGAUAUGGCCCUGAACCGCAUCUUCUUGGGUUACUAACACUUUAUAAGACCUUUUUUCCAAAUUUAGUGACAAUUCGCAUUCCAUCUUCAAAAGGUUCUAUUUUCAAAUGCCCAGAUGUUGCGUGGCUUCAAUUAUUUAACCAAAUUCAAAGAAAAUGGAAUUGUGAUAAAAGUUUAAAUGAUACUCAUCUAACGAGAUCAUUGAUUUUUAAAUCAACGCCAAAAAGGAGAAAGUUAGACCAUAUAGAGGUUCCAAAAGCGCAUACGUUUAACGCCACUCAAAAUUCAAUAACUUUGGAAGAAAUUAUGAAUGUUAAGUUACUUGCUUCCAACAUUGAUAAAAUUGAUUUACCAAGUCAAUUAGCUUCUGUGUUGGAAAAUCGAAUGUUGCAACAUAUCGUUGUUUGCAACCCUGAAAAGGUUAUUAUUGCGAGGAUCAGUUAUUGGCUUGAACAAUGUCUUAUGGAUUUAGUUUAUUGGAAUGAUAAUACAGUUGAAAUAAAAGCAUUAUUUAACAGUUUGUUGACAAAAAUCGUUGCAUUAACGGAAUUCAUGAAGUUCUUAGCAAAGUACGUUCAAACAUGGGAUGGAAUCGAACAUCAAGAAGCAAUCUUCAAGUUGCUGUCAUUGUUGAGACCUGUGCCUUUCAAACAAUUAUCCAAUGAAUUUUUAAUACCAUUGCAAAAGUUACAUGAAAAAUCAACACCAAAUUGGAAGGCCAAAUUAAUACAUUGUUAUACGAAUCUGUUUACGCAUUGGAUUUUACAUCAAGAAACUAAUACACACCAAGAAAAUUAUGAAGGUGAAAUAGAAAAUUUUGAGAAUUCGUUCUUAAAACUUUCAACCGAAGGAGAUCAUUCUAAAACAAUUCAAGAGUUCAUUAAUCAUAUUAAUCAACUCUCACUUACUUCUCUCGAGAGCACAAAUGAUGAUAUAGAAGUUCAGCAUGCAAUCUUUUCCGCCUUUGAAACCAUAGCGAACCUACAACUUAAUCAUAAUUGGGAUAUGAUUAUUAUUCCUUCAUCAUCAAUAGUCUAUCGAGCAUUCUUUUCUUCGGGAAUGAGCUUGUCUAGAAUCUGUGGAAUUGUUUUACGAUAUAAAGAAGCAUUUGAUAAAUUUGAAAAAGGUUCACGACGAAUUAGAAUGCGCCAUAACCAUGAUAAAAAUGCGAAAGGUUUUCAGUUAGAUGAGGAUAUUAUCCAAAAUCUGCAAGAGAUUUAUAAUGAAAAUUGGGUAUUUAGUUGCUCAAUAACUCAUUUGCCAUCUUUGGCUGCAUUGUCUAAGUCUUGUGUCCAGGAUUUGGAAGAUUCGUCUCAAAAUAUUACAAAGAAGCUCGCAUCACCUGUGACUCAAUUUUCAUUGAAAGAGACGGGUGGGUUGCAAAUGACAUAUACCGAUUAUAGAGUUCAUUUUUUGAAUGAACUUCACGAACUUGGAUUUAUUGGCAUCCACGAGUUUUUGUAUCAAUCUUUGACAUCAUUAUCUAAACUGAAGAAAGGAUAA